GAGUAAAAGCCUGGCGACCACAGAGGCUACGGCUGCUCGCUGGGCAGCAUAUCCACAUGGUCACAUGACUCUGGACAUGGAUGCGGUCCUGUCAGACUUUGUUCGGUCCACAGGGGCGGAACCUGGUCUGGCAAGAGACCUGCUGGAAGGUAAAAACUGGGAUGUGAGCGCGGCUCUCAGCGACUUUGAGCAGCUCCGGCAGGUUCACACUGCUAACCUGCCCCAGGUCUUCAAUGAGGGCCGCUACUACAAGCCCGCGGAGCAGGACACGCCCCAACACCUCCCCAAGGUGGAGCGACCGUGCCAGAGGCAGGAGGACAACGCUCAAGAGAAGCGGCUGUCGCGGGGGAUCUCCCACGCCAGCUCGGCCAUCGUGUCCCUGGCGCGCUCGCACGUGGCCGGGGAGUGCAACAGCGAGCAGCUGCCCCUGGAGAUGCCCAUCUACACCUUCCAGCUGCCCGACCUCAGCGUGUACAGCGAGGACUUCCGCUGCUUCAUCGAGAGGGACCUCAUCGAGCAGGCCACCAUGGUGGCCCUGGAGCAGGCCGGUCGGCUGAACUGGUGGUCUACCAUGUGCACCAGCUGCAAGCGUCUUCUCCCGCUGGCCACCACGGGGGAUGGGAACUGCCUCCUGCAUGCGGCGUCCUUGGGGAUGUGGGGUUUCCACGACAGGGACCUGGUGCUGAGGAAGAGUCUGUACGCGAUGAUGAAGAGUGGGGCAGAGAGAGAGGCUCUGAAGAGGAGGUGGAGAUGGCAACAGACCCAGCAGAACAAGGAGUCAGGGCUGGUGUACACGGAGGAGGAGUGGGAGAGGGAGUGGAACGACCUUCUGAAACUGGCGUCCAGCGAGCCACGCACGCACUUCAGCAAGACCGGCAACACCAGCGGGGGUGUGGAUAACUCGGAGGACCCUGUUUACGAGAGCUUGGAGGAGUUCCACGUGUUUGUUCUGGCCCACGUCCUGCGCAGGCCCAUCGUGGUGGUGGCCGACACCAUGCUCCGAGACUCCGGUGGAGAGGCCUUUGCUCCCAUACCAUUUGGAGGCCUGUACCUGCCCCUGGAGGUCCCCCCCAACCGCUGCCACUGCUCCCCUCUGGUCCUGGCCUACGACCAGGCCCACUUCUCCGCCCUGGUCUCCAUGGAGCAGAAGGACCAGCAAAGAGAACAAGCUGUCAUCCCUCUGACUGAUUCUGAACACAAGCUGCUGUCCCUUCACUUCGCUGUGGACCCGGGGAAGGACUGGGAUUGGGGGAGGGAUGACAACGACAAUGCCAAACUGGCCAAUCUCAUCCUGUCCUUGGAAGCCAAACUCAACCUCCUGCACAACUACAUGAAUGUAACGUGGAUUCGAAUCCCAUCGGAAACAAGGGCCCCCCUGGCUCAGCCGGAGUCUCCCACCGCGUCGGCGGGAGAGGACGUGCAGUCCCUGGCCGACUCCAUGGACUCGGACCGCGAGUCCGUCUGCAGCAACUCCAACAUCAACAACGGCAAACCGGGCAAGGAGAAGGACAAGGACAAGCAGCGCAAGGACAAGAACCGCAGCGACUCAGUGGCCAACAAGCUGGGGACACUCAGCAAGUCCCUGGGCAUCAAGCUGAAGAAGAACAUGGGGGGCCUGGGGGGCCUCGUCCAUGGGAAGAUCAGCCGGUCCAACUCGGGUAACGGCGACAAGGUCAAGAAGAAGGACUCCAAAACCCGCAAGGGGAGCAAGGAGGAGUCGGGCCAGUCCGCCAGCACGUCCUCGUCGGAGAAGGCCACCAGCCCCUCGCCCACAGACAGAGCGUCGGGGUCCUCCCCCGUGGACAAGCAGGGCGGUUCGGGCAAGGCUUCGGGCGACAGGGCGACGGACCAAUGGAAGUACAGCACCGACGUCAAGCUGAGCCUCAACAUCCUGCGGGCGGCCAUGCAGGGCGAGAGGAAGUUCAUCUUUGCCGGCCUCCUGCUUACCAGCCACCGGCACCAGUUCCACGAGGAGAUGAUCAGCUUCUACCUGAGCAGCGCCCAGGAGCGCUUCAACGCCGAGCAGGACCAGAAGAGGAAGGAGGCCGAGAAGAAGCCCCCGGCCAACGGGACGUCGCUGAAGAAGCCCGAGCAGGAGAGCGCCUUCCAGAAGGAGCGGUCCGACAGCUCGCCCAACGAGGGCUGCUCCCCGGUCCUGCACCAAAGCCAUAACUCCCAGCUGGCCCUGAAGGUCCAGGAGAGGCAGAGCCCCACGCCCGCCCCUUUCUCCUCCCCCAGCAAUGGUGCUAAGAGGGCGGGGCCCGUCCCCGUGUCCGCCCACUACAGCCAUACCCCGCCCAUACAGAGGCAGAGCGUCGUCCACUUGCGAGACGUCAACCUGCAGGCGUCCGGCUUCCAGGACGAGCCCUACAGCAAGCCCGUGGUGGGCACCCUAAAGACCUGCGCCACCUACCCCCAGCAGAACCGCUCCCUGUCGUCCCAGAGCUACAGCCCUGCCCGCAUGUCGGGGGUCCGCACGGUGGAGACGGCCGAGUCGCUCUCCUACAACAUGCCCGGCGAGCACAAGUCGCACACCUACACCAACGGCUUCAACGCCAACGACGUGCGUGACUGCCUGGCGUACGCCGACGAGGACUCCCCGCGGGGCUGGCUGAGCCACGACAAAACCAAAGGCCGCAGCGCCCUCUACUGCCCCCAGCAGAAGCGGUGCCGGAGGGAGAACUGCUCCUUCUAUGGGCGGCCCGAAACGGAGAACUACUGCUCCUACUGCUACAGGGAGGAGCUGAAGCGGAGGGAGAGGGAGAGGGAGAGGCCUGGAUAGCCCACGCCUCUCGCUAGCUGGAGAGAGCCUGACCAGCUGGGCCUCAGCAACCAUCACAGACGUCCUCAUAGAGAGAAACAAAAAAAAAAACCUGACCUUCUUCGCUCCAAGAAUAACCAGAUAACUGCAAAACCGUAGACCAGAACACAUUUCCUACUCCUAUUUAAGAACAGUCGUGCUUUUGUUAUUGUUACCUUUCUCUCAGUAUCGAAAGGUCAAUGUUACUCGAUAACAAGGGCGGGGCAGACUGAAAUCAGCUCACAGCUUUGGCCACAGGUUGUUCUUUGCCAUUAUCACGUUUUUUAUCUGAAUGCAGUUGUGUGGUGUGGGUGGUUGAGAUCUCAUUCCUUUGCCAGUUGCCUGAAGCCAUAUUGUGAAGUCAUAGCGUUGUAUGAAAGAUCAAAUGAUGAAGCAUAUGCACAGCUUCUCACGACUCAAAAUAAAGAGGAGGUUCUAAUCAAAUGAAAUGCAAUACUGUACAGAUCAGACCUUAAAGUAUCCUAAUAUAAGGAUAUUGCUCCCUUGUUUGUCCAAAAAAUGUUCCGCGGAGGCAAAUGCACAGGCGACGAAUGACAUUAACAAAGCAAUAAGUUUAUUGAUGUCAACAAACGUUAUUUUGUCUAUGCAUUUGUGUAAUUGGUGUAUUUUUCUUAAAAGAUUUGAAUCACAGCCUCCUUAAAAUGUCUUAUGAAUCUUGUAUAGACGAUGAAAGUCAGUUGGAAUGCCAGUCAAAGCCAUUCUAGUUUCUUCUUUCUGGGUUAACGUCCCAUAGCUCAGAAUAGCUGUGGGUUAUAUUUGAGUGGAAGACUUCUUGGUGGAAGGUGUAUAUGCUGUAAUAAGAUGUCUUCCUCACUCACUAGCACUCGCAUGCUGGCAUUAAACUACAAUGGCACAGUUCUCGCUUAUCAAGCCAAAAUAAUUUUGCCAGAAAAAAGCAUUAUGUGCCAAAAACACCAACCAAAAAUAAACAGGCAAACAGAAAGAAUGUGUAAAUCCUCCACUCGUUCUCAGGUACUCGAAACUGAGAAGUAACUUCCUUGGGAAAAAAAUAUAACUGACUGAAUCUGUGAAGUGAAUGGCCAUGGAAAGCAGAAAUAAAUACUAAUUUCCUACUCAUUCCCUCUGCCUACCACAGAUAUGUCACUAGUCAGGGAUGAUCUCCAUUCGUUGGCAGUGUCUUCACUUUGCCAUUCGCAUUCGCUGCUAUUGCUGAUGUAAGAACAUGGCUAGUGCCCAAACGCCAUGCAGGGAUGAGCAGCCAUUUCACCAGUUCAACCCCAUGAUUAAAUCUGUUCAUUUCUUUCCUCGUUUCUGACUUUCAGCGAGCAGAAACCCGUGAAAAACAUGAGUACAUUUCAGAGGAGAUAAUUCUCCCAACACCACUAACGUGUCAUAUCACUCGUCACUCCUCGACGAAAAAGCAAACCGCGUUGAAUACCGGGCGUUCUCGAAGAGCUUGUUUAUUUCUCAAAACAGUGAUAGCUGUAAAAUAGCAUCCCGUCUUCACGCUGUUGUGUUUGUUCUUGUAAUAUGCUUGAGUGCCACGCUGUCCUUAACCGAAUGUCUUUUGGCCAAAGAUGUGGGCUGUGUUUUCAGUAUGUUCCCAUGUUUCUACUCAACAGGCGGUAUGUAACAGGUUCAUGGACUCUUACCAUUAGAAAUGUAAUAUAUUAUUUUGUAUUCAUUUGACAGUUUUACACUACUUUAAAUUAUUAAUUUGCACAUUAGGUACCAAUGUAAAUAGCAAAAAGAAAAAGAACAAAAAAGAUUAGUUUAUUGUUAAAAAAACAGCGGUGUUGUGUGUUUUUGUUUGUGGACUACAGAAUGUGACUCUGAAGUACAUUUGGGAGUUUACAAGCCAAGGUUCAAUUGUAACAUAGGAAAUUAUUUUUAUAUUGUUUUCACAGAAUUCCAUGAGGCAAUAUUUAGUGUUUUUUAUUAUGGACACAUUUGCCACUUUGGUAGGUUACUUAAAUUGCUGGGUUUGUGAGGGAAAGAACCUUCAGGAAAACUGAGCUUAAUGAAAGCUUAGUGUUUUCAGGUUUAAUGUGUUAGUAUGAAUGCUGUUUAAGUUGCUGAUAGACCUUCAUACAAUACAUUUGCUUUUCUUUGCUUUUUUCCCUAUCUUUUCCCUUUCUAUAACUGCAACUACUAAACAUCAGGUAGCAGAUUAUGAAAAGGUAGGGAUUCAACUGUAUCUGUGAUCACUUCUGGCAAAAUGAGGCAUGUGGUCAGAAUUGUGGCAAUACAAUUUAAUAUGGACUGUGAUAAAUAAUUUAUUGAUAUCAAUUCAAUACUCUUUGAAAAUAUAAAAACUGCAUAGAAGUUAUGUUGUAACUUCUGAGAAACCACCUCAAUCCUCAAAAUGAAUGUAGGUUAAUUCCAAGUAAUUCCUCAGAAUCCCUUACAACACAAAUAUUUGCCAAGCUAAAACUAUAUAUUUUAACCCUGAAAAUUCUGAUGUCAUGGCUUCAGGUUUUUCAGAAACCCAAUUCACCAUAUCACAUUAAAUAUGGCCUUCCACAUUCUUGUAAAUGUUAAGCAUCCAUUUGAUGUAAGUCUGCUCACAGUACCAGUAUGAGAAUGCCCAAAAUCUCAUUUUAAUUGGUUCAGACGAACUGCCAGCCUGUUCUCCUACCAGACUGUCCCUGUGAAAUCCUACGACACUUUUGACUCCAUUUCCCAAAGUGCAUUGCAUUUCACCUGAGUUCAGGACUGACAACUUCAUAGCCUCCCUACUGUCCCAUUGAGUAGCAAACUGAAUGCCUAGACAAAGAAACAUUCUUUAUGACUUAAUUUCCCCUUCACUGAAAAGGAAUUUAAUCCUGAACGCUUUGGUAUGGAAAUAUACAGAACAUGGGAACCAACAUCAUCCACCAUCAGAAAAAGGAAAUGUGUCUUCUCAUGGUUGUUGAUAUCAGGUUUGAAUCUGUAAUCCCAAAAAUCCUUUUUUGACCACACUUGGCUGCACCUCAUUUUGCUGGAUUUAAUCACAGUUAUAUAGAGAAUUAAUGUAUCUGCUGAGGUCCUCCAACCUGGAGCAGUCGUGGUGGUAUAUCACUCUAUACACAACUGCGGAGCUAUAACACACAGCUAGUUAACAUAUUUUAUACUGUACAUUAUAUACAGCACAGUGCCUGCAUUUCAGUGUUUUUAACGCAGAUCAGGAUGGAAGUGCUCAAAACUACUUUCUCUGAAGUGUUCCAUAUGAAAGCAACACAACACUGUCAAAACCACUGCAUCAUCAUUCAUAAAUACCCACGCCAGCCAACGUCACCUGGCAUAUCAUGCUCCACAGUAUCACGAUCCAUAUCAUAAAUUCCAUUACUCUUAUAAUAUUUUUUCUUACGCAGUGGCAAAGCUAUAGAAGUAGGCAUUCAUGUGUAUAAACACCGAUGCUGUGCUUGUUCAGUUGUUGUGUGGUUCUGGGGUGUUGUGUAACUUUUAUGUGGAACCUGUUAUUGGUUGUGAAGACUGUAGGUUUCUGCAUUUUAAGAGAAACCUCUCGGAGCUCUCCCACAGGCCUCCUGUCCUCUCCAACAACUGGCUGCAUACUUACAUCAACCUUCAGGUCUUUGAGUCGCAAUAAAAUACCUUUGUAUGAAACUGUGGCUAUAGACUGCCAUAUAUAUGAAGCCAAUGGGUACAUACAGUAUUUCAGCCAAGCCUUUGCGGUAGUGAGUUGAGAGGCAUAGUCUUGAAGUCAAAGAAGCACCCUGUUCCAUGGUGUCAUCUUGCUGUUUAGCCUAACAUCAAGUCCUCUGGACAAUCUGCCAACACAGAAAAAUGUUGUAAUGAUACUCUGAGUAGUGUUGGUUAUAUUACUGGUUAUUCACUUACACUAAUCUUCAUAGCUAUAAAAUAAGGAGUCGCCUAUUUUUAAAAAUGAGGCGAGAGUAAUUUUAGUACAAAUAAUACUUCUUCAAUUUGUAGUUUCCCAUCACAUUGAAAUGUCUAAUUUAACAAACAUAUCCAAGUUCCAGAUUAGCAUUCAUAUCUCAGAGACUCUACUCUGUACUUUUACAUCUCAUCACGAGAAACAAAAUCUGUGACAUCCCAUGUGUGAAUUCAGUCCUCCAGUCCAAAGCCUUAAAUAAAUGUGUUCUGUGUGGUUCUCAA